AUGGCGUCUCGCAAGAAGAAGCUGAAUGACUUCGAAGAACUUCUAGACGAGGAGCCACCAAAGAUCGAACCCUACACGGUAUUGGAGCUCGAGCGAUCCGCUACGGCGGAUCAAAUCAAGUCUGCAUAUCGGAAAGCGGCCCUCAAGCAUCACCCAGAUAAAGCGCCCGAGGACCAGAAAGCAGAAGCCCACAUCAAGUUCCAAGAGGUCGCCUUUGCAUAUGCGAUUCUCUCCGACCCACGCCGCCGUCAGCGUUACGACACCACAGGAAGAACGGAGGAGUCCGUCGACCUGGAUGACGAUGAAUUUGACUGGAGGGACUUCUUCCGCGCGCAGAUGAAAGAAGUGGUAACGAACGAGGCCAUCGAACAGUUCAAAUCGGAAUACCAGGGCAGCGAGGAAGAGAAAUCCGACCUUAUCGCGGCAUACAACAGAGGGAAAGGGGAUAUGGAUGUGAUCUACGAAGAGGUCAUGCUGAGCAAUCCCGUCGACGAUGACGCGCGAUUUCGGGAGAUUUUGAAUCGCGAGAUUCAGGACAAAACCAUCAAAUCCUACAAGAAGUACGCGUCGGAGUCUGGAGCGAGCAAGAAGGCACGAGAGCGGAACGCGCAGAAGGAGGCACGCGAAGCGGAAGAGCUGGCGAGGGAGAUGGGCGUCCACGAUAAGCUGUUCGCAAACGGCGACGCCAAGAAGAAGACAAAGAAGACGAAAGGGUCGGAGCCGGACGAGUCGGCGCUGGCCGCGUUGAUUCAGAGCCGGAAUACACAGCGCCAGCAGGACUCGAACGCGUUCCUCGACCGGCUGGCGGAGAAGUACGGUGCCGGUUCGGGGAAGGGCGCCAAACGACGGGCGACGGAGGAACCGCCUGAGGAAAUGUUCCAGGAAACAGCGAAGCGGGGAAAGAGGGCGAAUCCGGGGAAGGCUCGACGUUGA